UGAGCAUUCAUCAGUUGCCUGAUAACAAAUGACUGGAGCCGGAAGUGGCGGUCUGCUGAUGAUUGGAGAAUGUCGGUGGGUGUCUCAAUGUUUUCCUUGCCGUCAUUGGGUUUCCUCUCCGCCGCUCAGACCUGCUGCUGCCUCGGCUCCAGACACUUCCUGCUCCGACUCAGUUUUCGCAGUCCUGAAGAGGGGGACAGGAUGAGGAGCAGAGACAUUUGGGAGGGAACGUGACUCCUGGGGCUUCACUUAAGGACAUUAAGAUGACAUGAACUAAGGACUCACCUGGAACUGAUUCCUUUGUGUAUUUGCUUUGUUCCUCUUUUUUUAUGUUUAGUUUGCUUAUUCCGUGUGUUUGUUUUUUGUCGGGUGUCAUUCGGAGGAGUGUAUCCUACGACGAAUCUUUAAUUUAUCACACUACCGUCCUGAAAGCGUAAUUUUUGUCACUCCUCCUGCUUGUGUCGUAUGUAAUCUCUUGAGAUUUCAGAUAGCAAUAGAAGUUUCAAAGGUCUCAGAAAAGCUGCACUCAUCAUAUCUUUGGGGCAUUCAUCAGGCUGCAGGCUGCAUUCGACAUGCAACAUACUUUAAAGAAUCGCUGCACAUUAGUUUAAUGACCUCCUUUCAUGGGAAAGGUGUAUUUUGCUUCUUGUCUUAUUGAUACUUUAUUGAUGUAUAAGUUACUUCUUUUGAGAGGUUCAGUUUUGUACCUUUGUGUGAUUAUUUAAAGAUUACUGAUUAAUUAGCUGCUCUGCUGCCUUGUUUUGCUGAGACCAAAGGCAGCUUCAAACUGAAAUGUAAACUUUUUGUACUUAUGCAAUUUCUUUGUUUCUGAUUGACUGAGUUUCCCGUUCAAGUGUUGAAGUAUUGCUUGUCCAGUUUUUAAUUGGCAGGAUACUGUUGGAGCUGACAGCUUAGAUUUGAUUGCUUUUUUUCCUCAUCUUCACUGGAUUAUUUCUUUUGAAAAUGACUCUUUAUACUGGAAGAAGUUUGCUUUUCAAAUGAAGACCCAAUCGGAAGGUUUUUUUUUUUUUUUUUAUUUUGUUGCCUGCAUGAAGAAUAAUCUUAAAGUGAUUUCAGGGAUGAAGUUCUUUUCUGACACAUUUUAAUUUUUCUUGCACAUCUGGAAGAACUGACAGUUCUCUGAGCUUCUGGUUCCAGAAGCUCGUACCGUUUGCUUCGUCAGACUGGCAGACGUCGUCCGUUCCAAAAAAAGAGGAUGCGCUCCCCAGAUUCCUCUUCACCUUCUCCAGAAGAAGCCCUCCUUCACGGACAGUUUGCCAGCUGGGAAUCUGGCAGUAACUGCGGCAGCAGCUGCAGCUGCCCGGAGAACUCUGGAAGCUCAGGAGGGCUUUCCCCCGCCACCUCACCAGCUCUGAGUCCGGCGUCCAACUAUGCCUUGACCCUCACCCACACCUACAUUCACAUUCAGCGACUCUCGUCGCGGCCCGGGAAGGAAGCCCGUCUCCUGCUGCCUUUGUCUGAGCUGGUGGGGUGCAGCUGCCCUCGCGCUCCUGCGCCGCCGCUGCUUGUGCUGUAUUGGUAUCCGCCAGGGAAACGGAGGAAGGGGGUGUCCAGGCGCAGGCAGGUGAAGGCGUACCUGGCGGAAAGCCGGCCUGAAGCUGAGAGGUGGUCGGCCGCUAUUCAGUGUUUGCUCAGAGAAGUGCCAGUCACAGCUAAUACAGAGUUUUCCAGAAGUCUGCUACCUCGUCCCAGGCGACUACUGUUAUUGGUCAAUCCGUUCAGUGGAAGAGGCCAGGCGAUGCAGUGGUGUCAGACCCACAUCCUGCCAAUGAUUAAGGAGGCCAACAUCAGCUACAACCUCAUACAGACGGAGCGUCGGAACCACGCGAGAGAGCUCAUCAGAGAUAUAUCGCUCCCAGAGUGGGACGGCAUCGUCAUUGUUUCUGGAGACGGCCUGAUGCAUGAGGUGAUUAAUGGACUGAUGGAGCGUCCAGACUGGGAACAAGCAAUAAAGACACCUCUUGGCAUUCUGCCCUGCGGCUCUGGGAAUGCACUGGCUGGCUCCAUCAACCACUACGCAGGGUAUGACAUGUGCCUUCGAGAGCCACUCCUCUUAAACUGCUGCUUCUUGCUCUGUCGAGGCGGCGUCCGACCCCUGGACCUGGUCUCUAUAACAAUAAGCCCUCUGCCCUCCAAAAACAGCCAUGCUGCAGCACCCAGGAGACUGUUUUCCUUCCUUUCUGUCGCCUGGGGCUUUGUAUCUGAUGUCGACAUCGAAAGUGAAAGGUAUCGUGGUUUGGGGUCAGCUCGCUUCACUUUGGGCACUUUGGUGCGCAUAGCUUCUCUUCGAUCGUACAAGGGCCGUCUAUCCUACAUGCCUCCCUCUGUAGUUGCCACAUCUUCAAAUGGGACACCUCCGCCCAGGAGACCCCUCUCCCGCAGCAUUACUGAAGGCCUGGAUGGAUUCUGCAAAACACCCAUCCAUCGCACUUGCUCCGACAUGGGUAUCAGUGAGCAGAGGAGCCUCUUGCGCAGAGGUGAGAUUGAAAGAGAGGAGAGGCAGAGAGAGAGGACAAGGAGACGACAGAGGGGUAGAGGUAAAGGAACUGGUGUGGUGAGAGCCAGCAGUCUGGCAGAAGACAGAGAGAAGGAGGGGCAGAUGGAGAUGGAAGCUGAAGAAAAGUCCGGAAACUGUUCAGAGAUGUCCGGAGCGAGUUCUGCGUCAAAUGAACGAGAUGAAUCCAAUAUGGGAAGAGAUGAAAGGCUGGCAGGGAUAAGGGACGAAAGGGAAGACGAGGAAACAUCAGAGCCAGACUCUUGUGAAAUGUUGGAGGAUGACGAUGAGAGGGACGAGGAAGGCAGUGGCGGUUCUCUGGAGGCGGACGGAGUGUUGCGAGCCAGGGAGUUGGGGGAGAGCUACGGGGUGGACAUGGGAAGAGAGGCACAGGAAGAGCCUGGAGAUGAGCUCUCUAGCCAGGACAGUCUUCAGAACACCAGAGAGUUGGUGAGAAAGAACUCGGCUCCUUCAAGCCAGAUAGCCGACACUCUGCUGAGCCAGCCUCUCAGUCAAGAAUCCAGCACAGAUUCUGGGAUUUCUUAUGGCAUGGAGGACAUGGAUCUGAACGAAACAUUAUUCCAAAAACAGUCUUACUCUCUGGAUGUGGCUCGGGAGCGAUCUCUCACCAUCUCCUCCCCUUUCCGUCACAAUCCCUUCUCCUACAAGCAGAAAGUUCUGGACCAAAACCAAAACACGUCCCGUCCACGGCCCCAUUCACUCCUCCAGCACUCCAGCUCCAACUCCCUCCCUCCUAAAAUGACUCCCCCCUCCUUUUCUCCCACACCACCCUCUUCCCCUUCCUGUUCCUCCCCACACUCAUCAUCCUACCUCACCCCCCGUCCUAACACCCCUAACUCCACCUUGAACUCUCCCUCAUUCCAAAUGCCGUCCUCGUCUUUUAACUUUGACCUUAAUGAACCAGCAGGACUUCUAAGGAACCGUCCGUUUGUCUCGCUGCCUUUCGAUGUGCCAAGAGACGACUUGUUACCGCCACUCGAUCAGCCGCUCCCCACCAGAGAUUGGGUCACCAUUGAAGGGGACUUUGUCUUGGUGUUGGCCCUUUACCAGACCCACCUCGGGGCUGACCUCCAUGCUGCACCUCAGGCCAGAUUUGACGACGGCCUGAUCCACCUGACCUUUGUCCGGGCCGGCAUCUCCAGAGCCACGCUUCUCAGACUGUUCUUUGCCAUGGAAAAAGGAAACCACCACUCGUUCAGCUCGCCGUACGUGAGCCACGUAACCUGCAAGGCCUUCAGGCUGCAGCCGCUGUCUCCGCGGGGAACCCUCACUGUGGACGGGGAACUUGUGCCCUACGGGCCACUACAAGCGCAGGUUCAUCCGUCCAUGGCCCGCCUCGUUGUUGGAGACACUGGAGUAAAGAUUACCAGACUUUAAUAGGGGAUUAUGGAUAUAUAUAUAUAUAU